UAUAUUUAGAACUUUGAGAUUAUCUGUCUCUUUAAGUAAAUUUUCUGAUAUUUUAAUCUUGAUACAAAAACACUUGAACUAUCCAACCGUAGUAGUUCCAAUUUCGAGCUUUGAAAUUCCAUGGAAUCAAGUACUUCUAGAUCAUUCUUCUGCAACAAUAUAUAAAUCAUCUUAGUGCGUGGAGUAACUAUAUUCUGCAGUUGGUUCACACCAUCAGGCUUUAGAAAAUGAAUACCAUUCUUUUCUUGUUCUGCAAUUGAAAUUCCAACAUCUCUUACCAAAUCGUGCAUUUUCACUUCACGUUCUCUUCGAUGGCUGUAGCGGCUGUUGCUCACAUAUUUGUGUUUCCGGUGAAGCCAUAUCGUUCAGGCCUCGAACAGCAACAGUCUGAUUACGGAAGGAUCAUCAGCACCAGAGAAACAAUAAAAGCAGCAUCAAAAGAGAAAGAAGGAAAAGGGGCCGUUAUAGAAAAGAAAGAAACAGAGGUGAAGUGCCCGGGGACGAGUGUGAAAGAGAGCAUUCAGGAUAUUGUUGUGGGAGGCGGUCAACAUGUUGUAAAGGAUGUGGUGUUGACCAUAAAUCAGGCAAUUGAGCCUGUGGAUAGGGGUGAGCAAACGGGGGUGACGAAGAUUCAGGAGACUUUCCAUCAAAGAAAGGUGGCUUCCGACAACAAGAAGGAGGAGACGGCGGUUGAGGAACAUGUGAAGAAGAAGAAGAAGACUGUUGCAUCAGUAGAAGAAGAAGGGAUUAGCGAAUCUUCUUCUUCAUCUGUUGCUGUUAGAAGAGUUAAUGAAGAGGAAAUAGUUAUUAGUAGAAAAGGUCAAAAUACUUAG